AUGACUCAGGUAACACAGUUGCCUAAACUGCAAGUCUUGAGCUUAUCCAAUUGUUAUCUUUCAGGUCUUAUUGAUUCUUCUCUUCAGAAACUUCAAUUUCUUUCUGACAUUCGUCUUGGUCAGAACAAUCUCUCCACCAAAGUUCCGAAGUUCUUUGCACAUUUGCCGAAUUUGAGAUCCUUGCAUCUUUGUUCUUCCAACUUGCAUGGAAAAUUUCCAGAAAAGAUAUUCCAAGUAUCAACAUUGGAGGCUCUAGACUUGUUGUACAAUAGAUUACUUCAGGGGUUUUUGCCACAGUUUCCCCCAAAUGGAUCCCUUCACACCCUGGUGCUUAGCAACACAAAUUUUUCUGGGACAUUACCAGAUUCUAUUGGUAACCCAAAGAUGCUGUCUAGAAUAGAGCUUCCAGGCUACAAUUUCAAAGGACUAAUUUCGAAUACCAUGGAAAACCUUACACAACUUGUUUAUUUGGACUUGUCAUCUAACCUUUUUACAGGUACAAUCCCAUCCUUUCAGAUGUCCAAGAAUAUCACAUGCAUAGACCUAUCUUAUAAUUCUCUAACAGGUCAUAUUUCCAAUAACCAAUUUGAUGGUCCAGUUAUUGGAUUUUCUAACGAAUCCUUGCCUUCAUUGGAUACACUGGAUUUGAGUAGAAACAAAUUACAAGGGUCAAUUCCUUCAUCUUUCUUUGAACUUUGA